AUGCGGCCCGGGCAAAGGCAGCUCGCCGAAUGCGCGGAAUACGUUGCAAAGAAAGGAUUGUUAAUGACGAUAGUUGGAAGUCUCAGUGAAAUGUACAGGGAUGGAGUGUCCGAACGUCGGUGUUGGCUUAGCUCUAUCAACUGUUCUGGUUACCCCAAGCACAAGAUGCGCGCUUUCGUGAUCCUUGCCUGCGUGGCACUUGCCUACGGGCGCCCUGAAGCUCCCUUGGGAUACAACUACCCAACUCCCGCCAGACAUUCAGCCCCAUCUGGAAGCUAUGGAGCACCAUCUCUCGGCGGAAUAAGAGUUUCUGGUGGCCACUCUGGUCUGUCCUUCGGUGGCAUCUCUGGAGGUCAUUCCGGUGUGUCUGGAGGUUACUCAGGUGCUAGUCUAGGAGCAAGCAGCUUUAGCAGCGGUGGAGUUUCCGGAGGAUUCGCUGCAGAUGCAGGCUUCGGAGGUGGUUACGCUGGUGGCUACUCUGGUGCUCCCUUAGUCCAGAAGCACAUCUACGUCCACGUUCCCCCACCAGAACCCCAAGAACAGAGAUUGCCCCGCAUCACUCCAGUUGCUCCCCCACAGAAGCACUACAAGAUCAUCUUUAUCAAGGCCCCAACCCCACCCACCCCAGUUGCCCCCAUCAUCCCAGUUCAGCCCCAGAACGAAGAAAAGACCUUGGUAUACGUUCUUGUCAAGAAGCCCGAAGAGCAGCAAGACAUCAUCAUCCCAACCCCAGCCCCAACUCAACCCUCGAAACCAGAGGUUUACUUCAUCAAAUACCAAACCCAGAAGGAAUCCGACGCUGCUAUUGGUGGUGCCAUCGCUGGUGGUUCUCUCGGAGGUGGUGCUAUCGCUGGUGGCUCUCUGGGUGGUGGAUCUAUCGGUGGCAGUGCUAUCAGCGGCGGGGAUUUUGGAGCUAUCAGCGGUAGCUCCGGACUCGAAGGAGGCGCAUCCGGUCACGGUGGUGAGAUCUCUGGGGACUUCGGCGCGAGCGGCGGAGACGAGAUUGCCUCCGUUGGACACGGCGCCACGAGCUCACAGUACGGACCCCCCGGUCACGUAGCUGGCCCCCUCCACUAA